UUGCCACUAUUGGUCCUCGUGAGAUAAGGAAGGCGGGUCUUGCUGAGGGGCUUGGUGUGAGAAGAGGCAGACAAACGAGAGUGGCUUUGCAGGCUGAGGGAGACGCGGCGCUUGUGCUGGACCCUGUGGGAGGGAGAGGUCAUGGAUGGGGACAAUGAUCUCUGCGUGCUCCGACGCCGUUUAGCUGAAGCUGGACAAAGCCACCUGCUUCACUUCUGGAAGGAGCUGCCUGUGGAACAACAGCAAGAGUUAUGCACAGAGUUGCAGAAUAUGAACUUGGAUGAGCUGGCCCAGGCCUUCCAGCGGGCCAUGAGGAACAGUGACCACUUACCAGGGAAGGAGAACUUAGAUGCCAUGAUGGAGCCCGUGCCGUGGGAUGUGUUGGGGAGUACAACCCGAGACCGAGAUCAGCUGCUACUCUGGGAGGAAGAAGGUCUUCGCCAGAUUUCCCAGAACAAAGUAGCUGUUCUGCUCCUAGCUGGUGGGCAGGGGACGAGACUGGGUGUCUCCUACCCCAAGGGAAUGUAUGAUGUCGGUUUGCCAUCCCACAAAACCCUGUUCCAGAUACAAGCAGAGCGCAUCUUGAAACUGCAGCAGCUGGCUGAAGAACGACAUGGCAUGAAAUGCGUUAUUCCCUGGUACAUCAUGACAAGCGGCAGGACGAUGGAGUUGACCAAAGAGUUCUUUUUAAAGCACAAAUACUUUGGUUUGAAGAAGGAAAAUGUGAUCUUCUUCCAGCAGGGUAUGCUGCCUGCUAUGGACUUUGAUGGGAAAAUUCUCCUGGAAGAGAAGGGCAAAGUUUGUAUGGCACCAGAUGGCAAUGGUGGUCUGUACCGAGCCUUAGGCACCCAUCGGAUCAUGGAGGACAUGGAAAGGCGAGGUGUCGGCUACAUCCAUGUCUACUGUGUCGACAACAUUUUGGUGAAAGUGGCUGACCCCUGGUUCAUUGGGUUCUGUGUACAGAAGGGAGCUGAUUGCGGAGCAAAGGUAGUGGAAAAGACCAAUCCCACCGAGCCAGUUGGUGUGGUGUGCCGAGUGGACGGCGUCUACCAGGUGGUGGAGUACAGUGAGAUCUCUUUGGCAACGGCACAGAAGAGGAGUCACGAUGGCCGGCUUAUGUUUAAUGCUGGAAACAUCGCCAACCACUACUUCACGAUGGAGUUCCUGAAAGAUGUUGUCAACAUUUAUGAACCACAGUUGCAACACCACAUAGCCCAGAAGAAGAUCCCAUACAUGGAUGAGGCCACUGGGAAGCCUUUGAAUCCAGACAAACCAAAUGGGAUUAAGAUGGAGAAGUUCGUAUUUGACAUCUUUCAGUUUGCCAAGAAGUUCGUGGUAUACGAGGUGCUGCGAGAAGAUGAGUUCUCCCCAUUGAAGAAUGCUGAUAGCCAAAAUGGCAAGGACAACCCCACCACCGCACGUCACGCCCUCAUGUCGCUGCACCACCGCUGGGUCCUCAACUCUGGUGGCCACUUUGUGGAUGAAAAUGGAACCCGCCUUCCUGCCAUUCCCUGCAGCACAAACGGAAGGUCAGAUGCAGUCUCAGCUGAUGACAAUCACAAUCUGAAGGAUGCCAGUGACUUGCCAAUUCAGUGCGAGAUUUCUCCUCUCGUUUCCUAUGGGGGUGAAGGCCUGGAAAAAUUUGUGAAGGACAAAGAGUUCCAUGCUCCUUUGGCUAUCGACACAAAUGGGGUUCACGAGCUGGUGAAGAAUGGAGUGUGAGAUUCCUUGGAAGAUCCAGAACGUUGUGAUCCUUCUUGUCACCCUGCGGGAUUUCACCCCCUUCACAUUGAAUCCUCUCAAAAUGCAGGACUUGGUUGCAAUAAGAGGGCAGAAAGAGAAAUCCCUCUAUUCUUGACGUGCCUUCCAUGCUGCAGUGCUUCAAGUCAUAAUAGUAUUUUAUAUUGAUCUCUAUUGUUUACCUGCAAAAUGUCUUCAAUGGUACGGGAGUUGAUCUGAAAUUUUAAGAGAAAAAGUACUAGGCUGGAUCAGUGAAUGGUGGAGCUUUCCUUUAUUGGAAGGGGGGUUCCUUGAUGCAAACACUACCACUAGUGAAAGCGAGAUCUGUGGGGACCCACAUGUUGUGGGGAACUUCAUAUGGGUCUGGAAUUUUGUAUCUGCUGCCCAUAGUCUUUUGACAUCAGUUGUACCUUGCAGAGAGGUUGCACAGAUGAAAGAAUAAGGGAGGUAAUAAAGGGAAAAAGUCACUCUGCAUGAA